UCGUAAUUUCAUAUUCAAAGGAAACGCAACAACAUUUCCUAAUUAGCUCAAGAUUUUUAAAUUGUACAUUUAUACCAGAUACAUCAAAAAAAAUUGGAGAUAUAUAACUUGUGAACAUCGGUUUCUUGUAACCCAAGUUAUAACCACCACGAUAUGUUCUUUGAGUAUCCGUAACCUUAAAAUCCUCACUCCGUCACUAUUUUCGUCCAUAAAUCAACCAGCCAUGCCAUGACAUAGGCACUACCUAGAAAUGUUUAUCUUCUUGACCUGUCAGUUUUGUAAUUAAAGACUAAACAUUUUUCCAUCUCAAUCCAAAUCCAUUCUCCAAAAUCUAAUCCAUGCAACAAUCAAUUACGUAUUCUUUUGUCUUACCCCCCUUGUCUCUCUCUCUUCCAUCACCUUUUCGACUUCUUGAAGAGGCACACCCCAAAUAAGGCAAUAACCCCUAACUCUCUAACUAAGCAUUCGAUUAGCCUCCCGAUGACUUUUGUAUUCAUAGACGGACCUAAGAUUUAAAUUUAAUGGGUUUAAACUUGCACUGGCUAAGCAUUUGAUUAGCCUCCAGCCUGUAGUUGUAUCACGUGCCAUUCUCGUGCUAAACCAUUCUUCACGAAACAUUAAACCCGUUCAAUCAAAGUAGCAUCUACGUGAAUAAUCUUGAACAAAAAUGUAUUCUGGUUUUAGCAGAAGGAAGCGAGUGACUGACCCGUUAGAUGAAAAGGUGAAGGCUCAGAUCAUUGGCCGUGAUAAAUAUGAACUCGGUUACUUUAGCAGCGGAAGUGAACACAGCGCUCACGCCGAUCCUGCCGAUGAUGUCGCUUCUCCUAGUUUCUCCGAUCUCGUUUUCGGUUAUCCUAAAUACAAUGGCCAAAACGAGUCACCGGGAAAUGAUUCAGAUUCUGAUACCGACGUAUCAAUGUAUGAAUCAACGGACACGAUUGAAGAUACUCCGAAGCAUAUUUUCCAAAGGGAUCUCGAUUUGUACCGUAAUGUAUUGGCGUCUUGUAUUGCUAAGGCAUUGGUAGUGUUUUCAUGUGCAAAAUCGAAUAAAUCGAUACUCCAGAGGAAUGUAAUGGCAUAUUUGAGAAAUUUUGGUUACAAUGCGGCAGUUUGCAAGACAAAAUGGGAGAGUUCCGGUGGACUUGCAGCCGGAAACUACGAGUUUAUUGAUAUUAUCAGAUUAGAUUCCACUAAUCGGAUCAUAACUCGUUACUUCGUCGAUCUCGAUAUCGCAGCUGAGUUCGAAAUCGCGAGGCCGACGACUCAGUAUGAAAAAUUACUACAGUCAUUGCCGAAGGUUUUUGUUGGCAAAAGUGAAGAAUUGAAGCAGAUAUUGAGAGUAAUGAGCGACGCGGCGAGACGGUCGCUGAAAAGCAGAGGCCUUCACAUUCCUCCGUGGAGAAAACACCGGUUCAUGCAGAACAAAUGGCUCGGUUCGUACAAACGGACAACUAAUAUCAUGCCGUCGGCAAACUCGCCGGCGUGGUUAUCACCGUCAAAGGAUUCAAAUGGAAUCAAGUGCAGGACCGUCGGGUUUCACGCUGCCGCCGUGAACGGCUGUCUGUUGUUUCCAGCCGCGACAACCCGUACUAGAUGAGAUAACUGCAAUUAAUCAAAUCUUUGAAUAACUUAUUAAUAGUAUUGCUUAUUGUUUGUUUCAUUUCAUAUUACUUGUAUUUGAUUAGACUUGGAAUUUAUUAACAAGAUUAUUUGAUUUGUACUUUGUAGUUUAUAGUGACAGAACUGUUCUGAAUGAAAAUGUAAAACUACUAAUUGAAAAUUCAUUCGAUAGGAGAUAAUUUUAUCCAUGAUCAUUGAACUUU